ACCAGCCCCGCCACCAUCUCCCUAAUUCCUCAAGGCUUUCGCUUCUUUUUCUGAUGUUUCUUGGAUCUUCCUCCUCCUGAACCCAUUCAAGACGCGAAACUUCUGUGUGGCUUGGCUUUUCUCAUGUCAUAAAUUCUUUUCCAGAUCUAUUUAGACCGACCCGGUUCCCAUUUCUUAGCUCCCGCCAAUCUCGGCGUCUUGUAAUUCACGAGAAACCCAUCACCAGUUUUUGCUUUUAAGCCGCUUCUCUUGUGCAUGCUUCCUGGCCUUUGUCUUCUUCGCCAUUUUUUGUUGCUCGGGGUCUUUGCUCGAAGAGCAUCUGAUCUCGGAUGCGACUAGAGUCUUGUGUACCAGAAACAACUCGGAAACCAAGUCAUCUUUGACGUUGCCGUUGAGAUCCUGAAGUCAUAUGGAGAACAUGGGAGACUGGGAGAAAAUAACCUUGCUGAAUGAGCUAACACAGGGCAGAGAACUGACCAAGCAACUCCAACACCAGCUCCAUUCAGCUGUUUCGUUGUUGUCGUCAUCAUCUUCUUCAUCACACGAUCAAACCCAGGAAAUGCUCAUCCACAGGAUCAUGGCCUCAUAUGAUAAGGCGCUAUCCAUGCUCAACGUGGAGCCCCAGGCUGGAGGGUGCCCGCGCCGGGCUUCUGAGUCGCCCCCUUCACUGGGCGGGAGCCCGAUGAGCGGAGGAGACUCAGACCGGGAUCUCAAUGAUGGUUCUACUCCCAGGAAGAGAAAGGUGAUGCAGCGGUGGACAAAGCGGGUCCGGGUCGCCCCUGGGACAGGACUCGAAGGGCCGCUCGACGAUGGAUUCAGCUGGAGGAAGUAUGGUCAGAAGGACAUUCUUGGAGCCAAGUAUCCACGGGGCUAUUAUAGGUGCACUCAUAGGAAUGUCCAAGGUUGUUUGGCUACCAAGCAAGUGCAAAGAUCUGAUGACGACCCGACUAUCUUCGAGGUCACGUACCGCGGGAGGCACACAUGCAAUCAGCACCCUGCCGCUGUCAUCUCUCCUUCUCUACCGCCUGAAAAUCAAACCGAUUUCAAUGCCUCCGUCGACGCCACCCCUCUCCAAAGCGUACAAUCCCAACCACACCAACAAAACCAAACCGGACCUCAGGACAUUGCGUUUGACUUCCGUGAAGGCCUCGCAAUCGCAACUCGGAACUUGGACUCCAACAAUGGCAAUCACAACCCCUCUUCUUCAAUGUUCAUUUUCCCUUCCACCCCAGAAAAUAUUUUCGGCGUCAUGAAUAGCAACAGCAACUUCUCUAGUAACCCUGAUUUCCUGUCUCUGUCAACUUCGGGGACCGACUGCUUCUCGGUGCCUCCAGCUAGGUUAGACAGUUUCCAGGCUGGCCCCAGUUUCGGCGCGCCAGAAUCCGAGCUUGCUAUGAUUGUCUCAGCCGCUGCUUCAGGGAACAACCCUCAUGCAAAUGCACGUUCGGAUUCAGAUCUUCCGCUUCACGGCAUCGAGUUCGCUAACGAGAACAUUGCCUUCGACGGCACUGAAUUCUUUCCCUAAAUUUUGAAGCCCAAAAAUUGAGGAAACAAUGUGGUAAUAUCAAGAGUGAUAGUUAGGUUUGGAUUUUCAGCAAAUUUUCCUAGUGUUUUCAAGUUAUAGUUGGCUAGCAAGGAAAGCCAGAUGCAAUUGUCACGGGCCGAUCGAUCACUCCUCGAUUCACCCGUGCGGCCUUAAACCUCUUGGACAUGCUUUCUUUCGGUCGUGACACAAUGGUGUCUCUUUACUCAUCUCUAAUUAUACUUCAUCAAAUUUAAUCAUCCGGUCAAUGUGUAUUAUAGGUGACUUUCCAUUUUUGAACUUUCUCUUCCUGUGA